UCCAUUGUUUACUCCAUUUAGACUUUUCAACUUUUGUUCAAAUCCCUUCACUUGAUUUAAGCCAUUUAACGGUUCUUCAUGUCUUAACCUAUGUGGCUUUAUAAAAAAAUAUUUUCAACCUCACUUUGUACUACAGCACUCACCGCAUUUUCUGCAGGAAAUGCAUUUUCUAGUUCCAAAAUGUUAUCCUUCCGGGCAGCAGGAUGAACUUCAAGACAGAUAAAUCCCUUGAAUCAGGAGUAGCGCUACGUCAAUCAGUUGGUAAAAAUUAUUUAGUGAUGUUACUGGAUUACUGGAUUUUAAAUGAGUAUUCGAGCAUAAGCGAGUAUUGUCGCUUCAACUCGCUAAUGAUCAUAACUGCUGAUAGGAAAUUCAAGUAGGAGGAUCUAGAAACUAGACAGUUAAUUCUGAGCAGGUUGAUACAUUUGAACAAUACCCUCAAAAACUGGAACUGGAACUAAUUGCAGUCAUUACUAAUUAGUUAAUUAGUAAUAAGCAGUUAAUUACAUUAGGCAAGAAUUGGCCAAUGGCAGUUACAUAGCCCACAGACAAAAUAGCCCACGGAAAAACAAACAAGGCUUAAACUACCAAACCAGCCCCUGAAUCAAUAGCAAUAUUCAGGGUUAAGUGGUGGAUUACUUAGGUUUAUAUCACUAACGCACACAAUAAAAUAAUGCCCAAUACCUGUAAAGGAGAGUAUUGUCGCUUUAACGAGGCUUCCACUGAAACCCUUCCGCUGAGUACGGGCAAGCUGAUUGGCUCCUUGCUGGCCAAUACGGAAGCUAACAAUUAACGUGAAAAAUAAUAAACACAAACAGGUAGCAUUGAGAUCGCAGGGGACUUGAUUUAAAUGUAGUUUGUUUUCCAAAGAGGUCUUUCAAUCGCCACAAGAUCCUGUAGGGUUUUUCAUUUUGAAAUAAUAUAAUGUCAACACGUUUGAAGCACUUUACACGCUUAAGAAAUGUGCUAUGUAAACUAAUGUCGCAUUUCUACAACUGCAGUUCAUAUCGUUGAACACACGAUGACGCCAUCGCUUAAGUAAUAUGUUUUCCGCCACGGCAUCGUCCACAAUAGAUAUUAAAACUGUAGUGCAGAACAAUGCUUGACCUUCGAAGCAGCCCAUAGUUGAAAACUAAAUUGGGUCUGUGCUGUACGAUAGAUUGCAUGAAAUACGUAUACUUUACAAUAUUUAAUUAGUCUGGUUGAUCAUAAUUAAUAUCCAUUGUCAACUGUGGAAUUAAGGGUAAAUGAUGAUAAUAAUGUGGACAACCAAGAAUUUCUUUGGAUUUGGAUUCUGCAUUGAAUUUGUCAUAAUUUUAAAACGUCGUAUUAGUUUUACUUUUAGAAUGUUAAAAAGUUAACAUAACCCAGCCCUAACAUUAGAAGUUAUGGCCACAAUAAUAAAACAGCAUAUUGACUCUGCUUUGUAUCACUACUGUGUUGUAGUCUUAUUGAAGUUAUGGAAUAUUAAUAUUAUACUGACUACCUAAUUUCAUUAAUGCACCAUGGCACUUCUGGUUGGAUGCUAAACUGCCUUUUUUGGUAGACCUACUUGUGCAAUGACAAUACAGUUAAAACUAUUCUAAUAUAGAACAUGAAUUAUUGGCUUUCUGUGAUUGAAAUUAAGUGAUAUGGUUUAAAUAAAACAGCUUAAUGUUCCAUGUGGUGCAAAUUGUGCAUUAUCCUCGACUUACAUACAGACACAGUACAAGUGAAGUCAAUUAAAUGUGUCAAGAAUUAUGACACAUUAUCAUAAUAAAAACAUUUGAAGGGUUAAAGUAUGUUGACGCCCUUCUUAAACAAACUUCAAAGCUCCGACACCAUGACGCUGAGGGGGGUCUGGGGGAAGUUGAUUCUGAAAGGGAGAAGUUUUGGCGCGCAGACGUUGGCGUGUCCAAAGGCGCAGAGGCAGAUAAAUGCGCAUUCAAGACAAUCCCAGUGUCGAACCGGAACGCCAGGGAGCAGCGCUUUAGCCUCGUCGCUGGGAUUUCGAGGUAUUUGUGAGCAGCAUCGAGCAGCCUACUAUGAAAAUCAGUGCAAAGUCAUCUUUGUUGUGUGGCAUUCCUCCGGAUUGAAUAAAAAGAAAGAACACGGCAGAUAUCAUUUUAAUCCACUUCGGAUUGGUUCUUGCGCGUAACUAAGGAGCCCUUGCAAGACAACGAUUAGAGACAUUGAGCAAGGGGCAAUUUGCGUAGAGAAGUCGAUUUUUCUUCCUCAGGGGAAACUAUCUAAAAUUAAGGAUUGAAAAACGGAUCCUUCCGCGAAAGUGAAUGGAAAGGGACGAGAUCAACGCCUGGACUUGAGUGAGCUCUACCACAUGAGAGGCGAUGCUUCAGCACGUGGGUCUGGUUUCCCCAAAAGCUUGCAGUGGAUUUAAGCGCCGCUCAUCUUGAACCGGUCGAGAAGUUAUCGAGGAUGAGAGUGCUGCAAACCAUCUUCUUUCUUUGUCUCCUGCACCAGGCUGCGUGCGAGAAAGCGAGCGGGGCGGCGACCGAGCUCAUCGAAUGGGACGAGAGCGACCACGGACAGAAGUUCUCUCCCAGCGGGGCCAGCCCCCGGGUCCUGAACCCCCUGCGGCUCUUCGCCAAGGGGCUCCCGGGGCUCCGCAGCAACACCCGGGAGGUGACGUACCUGGAAAACGUGGAGGACUUCUGGGACUGGUUAUCUAACCAGACAGAUGGGGCAGGGGCACAGGCCAGAACUAAGCGCAGACCCAUGGUGAAAACGGGCAAGUUCAAGAAGAUGUUUGGCUGGGGCGACUUCCACUCCAACAUCAAGACGGUGCAGCUCAACCUGCUCAUCACCGGCAAGAUCGUGGACCACGGCAACGGCACCUUCAGCGUGUACUUCCGCCACAACUCCACGGGCCUGGGCAACGUCUCCGUCAGCCUGGUGCCGCCCUCCAAGGUGGUGGAGUUCGAGGUGGCCCGGCAGUCCACCACCGAGGGCAAAGACGCCAAGUCCUUCAACUGCCGCAUCGAGUACGAGAAGACGGACCGAAACAAGAAGACGGCGCUGUGCGCUUUCGACUCGUCCAAGGUGUGCUACCAGGAGCACACGCAGAGCCACGUGUCCUGGCUCUGCUCCAAGCCCUUCAAGGUCAUCUGCAUCUACAUCGCCUUCUACAGCGUCGACUACAAACUGGUGCAGAAGGUGUGCCCCGACUACAACUACCACAGUGACAUGCCCUACUCCUCCACCGGGUGACCCGCCCUAAAAAGAGAAGAUUUAAAUGUCGAAUUCGAAUAGCUGUUCAUCCUCCCCUCCUCCCUGUGGUUGAUCUGGGAUUCUGUGUGAGCCACUCAACCACGCUAUGACCCACUUAUUCUGAAACCGCUUUUCAUCACUAGCACACGUAUGCGUUUUCUGUAUAUUAAAAAAAGGCUACUGGUAAUGAGUAUACCGUCCAGAUGUUUACGACUGGGGAAGGCCGUAGGCAAGCACGGCCCCGAUUCAGAGAACAGAGCCCGACUCCCGGACAUUAGCGCCGCUUUUACUUUGGAGGAGUAAAAAAAUAAACAAAUGCAUCUGAUUGUCUUUAACUCAUCAGAGCACAUUUUCUCCCUUGUACAGUUUAACUUCAAAUUUCUAUUUCUCACUGGGUUCCAGUGCUAAUAAAAAAAUAAAAUAAAACCAAAAGUAUUCCGAGAACUGGGUAAUUAAAAACUACAUAAGACACAUUAUUGCCUAUUAGAAUACAUCAUCGAACACUGCAUUGUUUUUUUGACUAAUUGGAUUGGCUUGCUACUAAAGUCGUCCAAAGAUUACGCGUACCCUAAAACUAAUCGUACAUUGCAGCGUUGGCAUUUGAGGGAUGCAGUGUUGAGGCACGUGCGUCUCCUUUUGGAAAGCCAACAGCGGAUUAAUGUGUCGGGAGAGGUGUAUGAAAGCGAUAAUUGCAGGACAGGUGGAUUUAGUGAGACUGGCAGAUAAUUAACAGCACUUUGUCAUGGUCCUUCUACCAGCCCUGACAUCCCUUGUCUUUAAUAGGUUUUAAUUAGAGCGCACAUUCUCAUUUACUCAAUGCCAAAAGCGAGCAAAGGCGAAAGCAGGAAAAAAAAUAAUGCAUUCAGAAAGUAGAAUCAGAAUGAUUUAUGGACCUUGCAUAAAUAGGACAGGUAUCGCGUCAGCACCAGCCAAUACUUGUGAACGAAACGUAAAAUAUGUGAACUGAUUAUAUUGGGUUUCGAAUUUUUCCUUGCGUAUCCAUGGGUUGCAAUCAAUCACGUCAAUAAUUGAUGUAAAGAAAUGUACCUUUUUGCCCUAUAAGUUGUAUGUUCUUACAUCUGUAAAUGCUACCGUCAGAUUAUACACAUAAAGCUGUAUGAUGAAAUACCUGAAUCUCUGUUUAUCUAUGUUGGUGUUUUAAUUCCAUCCCCCCCUUUUUGUGAAAAUGCCGUAUGUUACCUUGACGUAUGCAAUCUUGAUCCCUCUAAAUCCUAAGCGUGUUGAAAAAUGGCAUUAGAGUUAAAAGAUGUUAUAUUUAUAUGUUAUAUUUGUCCCAGAGAAAAUAAUAUCGAUCUGUAAAACUGUUUACUUUAAUUCUGGUGUUUGUUAAGCGAUAGUUUAAGUCGUCCAUUGAUAUUAUUAGUGAGUGCUUUAUUGAGUUUUUAUGUAAACCUUGGGACUACACAGUUUCUUUGCGGAUUUAUCCACUUGUGAUUUGUUGAAGUUAUUUUCCUUCUGUAAAAUACGCGUAACCCACUGCUGUGUGUAUAGUGUAAGUAAAAAUGGUCACUUUGGAAUAUUUAAUAGGGCAUUUCUUUUGGUAAAAAAUCGAAGUUAUUUGUAAAAGAUCAGUUUAGGUUUUUAAAAGGCAUUAAAAACCUUAUUUAAACUUUCAACGGCACCAUGUCAUAUAUCUGGUACAC